AUGAUGAGAAUUAGUGAAGAAUACAUGAAAUUUCAGCCAAGUACUGUUGUGAGUUCCGAAAGAAGCAAAUGGCAGUGGUUUGAGAAUUAUCUUGGGGCACUUGAUGGAACUCACAUUCCAGUAACAGUGUUGGCGGAAGAAAGACCAAGAUAUCGAAAUAGGAAGGGCGAUCUCUCCACUAAUGUUUUAGGGGUUUGUGCUCCAGAUUUAAGAUUAUUUAUGUAUUACCUAGAUAGGAGGGCUUCGCAUCUAAUGCUCGUAUAUUGUGAGAUGCUUUAUGCAGGAACAAACAAUUCAUGUAGCAAGAGGUUAUACUAA